GCAGCCAUCAGUUGCAUGGAUGAUGAAUCAACAAACCCACAAGAGGCCGAGCUGUUUGUACUACGCUCCAUGUAUGGAGAUGACCUUGAUGAGAGCUACACGGCAUCCGUUUGGAAAGCAAAGGCCAAGAAGCAACCAACGGACCUGAGGGAGUUCCUAAUCAAGGUCCAUCCGCAUGGACCAGAAAAGGUGUCAUGCGGACUAUAUGUCAAACUUCCGAAAGGAUACCCCAAAGUGCCUCCAAUGCUGGACAUCAAGAACUCAGUAGGGUUGACCCCGGUCCUCGUCAAGUCGAUCCUUACAGACCUUCGUGCACAAGCGAACAAGAUGUUAGGGGGUUUUAUGAUUGCAGAGCUAGUUGCAUCUUGCGAAGAGAAAAUCAAUGCAAGGAAUGAGAAGGUCGUGACCAACAUAAACCAAUCGCUUGCCGCGGAGAUGAAGGAGAGAGCUGUCGAGGAUGAACAAAAACGGAAAAGAGAAGAGAAGGAGGCCGUUGAACGCAAACAACGGGCGGAUGCAGAUAGGAAAGCUGCUUUGGCGGUGCAGAUCGACGAAGAGGAUCGGAAGACGAGAGAAAGGGUGGAAAAGCAGCGUUUGGCUGAGCGUCAGCAGGUGGCGCAAGUUGCAGGGCUUAGGGAGCUGGUUGGGGAAGUUGGUGGCCGCAAGGAGCUCUUUGAGCGCGGUGUGGUCAUCAACGGCAUCAGGGUGGACGUCUUCCACAUCAGCGACCCCAAACCGGACAGGUUAGGUGUCAGAUGGGCAGCUGAACCUGCAGCUAUCGAGCCUGCCAAGCUUCCUCUGCUGGAGUGCUUCAUCGUUACCUUCAAGUCUUCGUUCUAUAAUACCACCGCUGGUCUUCGAAAACUUCGGGAUCUUGAAGAGGACAUUAAGCGCCUGCUACAUGUCUCGCACCUCGGCCUGAUCCAGUUGUUUGGAGUCAAACUAUCCGAAAGACAGGCUGGGCCCACUCGACACUGGUCUCUCUCUCUCAUCCGUGAGCGGACUGAUGGAGUCUCCCUUGAUCAGGUCCUGCACUACUGCCCUGCUCUCGGCAUCGACACAUCUAUCAAUUACUUGUGUCAGCUGGUGUCUGCACUGUCAUGUCUUCACUCCCACAGGAUAAUACAUCAGGAUUUAAGGGCAGAUAUGGUACUACUCACCAAAUCGUCCACCGAUUCGGAAUCAACCGUUGUCAAAGUCCAAGGGGCUCUUUACUACAGGCGUCUGCUUGACCUACAUAAGUCGAAUCCAAUACAUGACGCCUUGGAUACCGCUCGAAGACCACCCGCGUGGCCACCUCCCGAGUCAAUUGACAAACCUCUUAAUUACACAUUCGCUCGUGACUUGUGGAAUAUUGGUGUCAUUUGGACAGAAAUGUUGUGGGGUUUGGCCGUUAUCAAGCAAUACCCUAACCUCGACGCAGUGUUCUUAGCAGGAACUGCGAAAGGCCUGCCAGCCGACCUAGCAGAACUUCUGAGACUGCUUCUGCAUCCGAACCCUUCCCAACGCCCGAAAUGUCAAGCACUCUUGGAAAAAAUGGAGAAACGCAAGCUCGUACCACCAUCACCUUUGAUUCCACUCAAGAUGGAAAUCGUAACCCCAAUCAUUGAGCAAUCUCGAACCGCAACAUCUCCCGACAAAUCCUACUUCCUUUCAUCCCUAGGGCCGAACUGGCGCACGGCAAAUGUGCGACCCACCCACUCUCGUUUUACUGAUGACUUUGAACAUCUCGAACAUCUCGGUCGUGGAGGAUUUGGGUCUGUUGACAAAGUACGAAUGAGGUUGGAUCAUAUGAUUUACGCUAUCAAGCGAAUCAAACUGCGCUCAUCAGACAGCGAAAGUCGCAUAUUGAGAGAGGUCAAUGCCCUUUCACAACUCAAUCAUCGUCAUAUUGUUCGAUAUAUUACAUGCUGGCUAGAAGACUUGCCCCUCGAGAAGGCCGACCAAGAUGCGCAUUCGGAUAGCUCACAAAGCAGCGACAAGCCCAUGCGGCAAAGAAGAAUGUCCGUGCUCCCGGACGAUGAAGAUUUGCUUCGUGUUGAUGACAGUGAUUUCGACUCAGAUCAUGAUCUCACGAAGACUCAAUCGUUUCCGAGUGUUGUUUUCGCAAAGGACGCGGACGAUGAAGAGGACGGCGAUUCUGUCUCAGACGGGUCUUCAGACUCGGAGACUUCCAUCGAAAAUAGCCGCAAACUCAGCCGAUCCGCUGCAGUGGUACCAAAAUCCCCCAAGCCCAGCGUACAGCGCAUAUUAUACAUUCAGAUGGAAUUCGUUGAGCAACAAACGCUGAAGGAGGCAAUUGCAGCUGGCCUCGAUGAGGAACGGUAUUGGAAACUGUUUCGCCAAGUUCUCGACGCAAUGGCCCACAUGUUUUCUAUGGGUAUAGUGCACCGAGAUAUCAAAUUAACGAACAUCCUCAUUGACAAACAUGGUGAUGCGAAGCUGGGAGACUUCGGUCUCGCACAGGCAACAUCCACUGGGGCAGUGAUCGACCAAUCAAGUGGGGUUCGGAGAAUAGAGGCGUCUGCCUCGCAAACUUCAUCAGGAGUGGGCACCUACCUGUACGUUGCUCCAGAGAUCAGCAACCCUCGAUCGGGACCGAGAGACCUUGCGAAAGCGGAUAUGUUCUCUCUGGGGGUCGUAUUCUUCGAAAUGGUUCAAGGAGCGUUCAAUACUGAACAAGAGCGUUAUGCCGUCAUUCAGGCACUGCGGGAGUACUUGGCAUUCCCAAAUACGUGGAGUAGCAAACCGAACCAGAGGAAGAUCGUUGAAUGGCUACUUAAUCACGAUCCUGCGAAACGUCCUAUGCCAAACGAACUUCUGAGUAGCGGUCUCCUCCCCGAAAGGCUGGAGAACAGACGUCUCGAGGACGCAUUACGACUGCUAGUUGACAAGAGCGGACCUCACCAUCAAUCCCUCCUCACGAAGCUGUUUUCGCAACCCCAAGAUCAAAUUAGACCCUUCGUCUAUGAUCGUGCCGAGCAACCCAGCUACACCUUCCUCCAGACCGUGGUAGAAGAUUAUGUGAAAGGCAUCUUUCGACGUCAUGGGGCCAUCAACAUGGAACCGCCACUCUUGCUCCCGGUGGGUCCGAAUGAUCUGGACGAGCGGACAGCAGCGAUAUAUCUGGAUCGUCAAGGGAAUCUCGUCGCACUACCUUCAAAUGGAUUUUUGCCUUUCGCAAGGCUGGUCGUUCGACGCAAUGUCACUCGGAUUAAGCGCUACGCUCUGGGACAGAGCUUUGAGCAGGGUCUUGCUGGUGGGCAGCCACGGAUCGUCAGUCACGCCAUGUUCGACAUUGUAACGAUGGAAUUUAACCUGGCUGCAGAAGCGGAAGCCAUUGCGGUGGUGGACAGCAUCAUCAGAGGAAUGCCGGCACUCAAUGAAGAGAGCUGGGAAGUCCAUAUCAGUCAUGGUGCUCUUCUGGGGGCAUUGUUUGAGCAUGUUCCUCAAGACCAGCACACCAUGAUACAAACGGUUCUCAAAGACUGUGGAAGCCCUGGCUUUCACUUCGAUCGCACUGAACUUCUGGAUGCAGGCCUAUCCCGUACUCUCGUGGACGAUCUAGAAAUUAUAGUACGAUUCGAAGGGGAUUUGGAGAAUGCUUCUCGACAACUACCCAGACGUAUAUCGCGGAUCCUAGAAAUGCCGUCUCGCAGGUCAAGGGAGAGUCCUCUCAAUGAACUAAGGGAAGUCUUGCGCUUCAGCUCACUUCUCGGCGUUCAGAGCAAGCUUGUGUUCUCUCCGGCUCUGUCAACUUAUCGUCACUACUUUCGAGAUGGCGUUGUCUUUGAAUUUGCCGCUCGUGGCAAACGUAAGACGAUUCUAGCUACCGGUGGAAGAUAUGAUACGCUUGUUCGUAAAGUGGCACCUCCUACAGAACGCGGGCCUCCUCUUGUUGUCGGCGUUCAGAUCGCGACGGAGAGAAUCAUGCAAGGUUUAUUGCGGUACCAAACAUCAACAGUGAAACAGUUGACAACAAAUAAGAACGACGAGGAGCGGUCAUUUGGGCUGUGGGCACCCAGGCGUGCCGACGUAUACGUGUGUUCGUUCCAGGCUGGCAAACUUUCAGAGAGAAUCGAAAUCGUCAAUUCAUUGUGGAGUAAUGGCAUUUCGGCCGAUGUUAUGUACGAAAGUGCUGUCGAAGACACGCUAGAAAAUAUCAUGGCCACAUGCCUCAAAGAAGGAAUUCUUUAUCUGGUACUAACUCGAUCGCAAACAAGUGGGCAAGUCCUCAGAGUGAAGAGUGUUCUCAGGAAGACGGAAGCUCAAGUACCCCGCGCCGAACUCGUCAACUACUUAUCGCACCAGCUUGCAGAACAGCAGCGUAUCGAUUUGUCCACGGCCACCGCAAAAGCGGUAGUCAGUUCAUCUAGCGCUGCUAAGCUCCCAGUGGAACGACGAGAAGGCAAGAAAACAGCAAUGGACCUGCAGAUGGUAGUCCCAGAAGAUGAGAAGCAACAUCAGAAAUUCGAGAAGAACCAGAGCAAGAGCGACAAGGGUGGUCAAUCGAAGAAACGAAGAGCGAAGGAAAUCUACCGGGACAAGGCCGAGAAGCUCUACGGCGAAAUUCAACGUGCUGAGCAAGCCGGUGUCCCCGUAGUUGCUAUAGCUGUGCCGUCAACAAUUUUUGCUAGGCUCAUUGCGGACACAAGCUGGGUAACAGAUGACGAUGCCUGGCGCGCAAUUCUACCUGUGUUUGACAGUGCGACCUACGCAAAUCAGAUUCGGGAUGCAAUCUCGGCCAAGCGAGUGGAUGGUCACCGAUUCAUAUGGUUGCUGAGCGUUCGUGAGGAACCAAAGAGAGUGUUUAUGCUGCAUUUUCCCGCAUGAUGGAGGGUAUACCCCGGUUAUUUAAGCCCAUUGUAUCUACAAGCAUCGACUUUUAUUUGGAUAUUUAAUGUAUCAC